GUCGCACAUUCAUGAAAGCUUUGAUUUUUAUCAUUUUUGUUUCGGGAAAAUCAACGGAGAGAGAUUGGUUAAAAGCUCUGAUCUUUCGACUUGCUUUUGUCGUUCCCUGCGGUUAAAUCUGGCGGACGAAGCUUACUUGUCCGUAAGGAGACAUCCUACCCUUGUCAGGUAGGCGACGGUCAAUUUCUUACUCCUCUUUUAUUUCUUGCUGAUUCGCAUUCAUGGCCUCUCUUCAAAUCCGCCUCUAGGGUUUCUGUCUUACUUCUUCAUUGAAUCUCCUGCUAUAUCGCUCCGUAGAGAUGAUCAGCUUCUCUAUUGGAAAAAAUCGGACCUUUAUAGAAGCAUCAGAUGGGUUCUUCUUCCAUUUUAACUUUUCAGAAAGAAGGGAUUGAGAACUAAGCCGUUUUGCUUACAGAAACCAUAUUCGACAAUUCCCAACCUUCACGUUUGUGCCAAUUUUGCUGAUUCUUUUACUUGUCUUAUUCGGGGAAUCUGGUGUAUAGUUUAAUGGCAGGAAAUGGGAUGCCUACAUUGGGCCGUGUCAAGUACUCUGCAGCCAUCAUUCAGUUUCCCUCUAGCGAUGGAGCCCUCCUUAGAUCCGGUCUUGAUUCUGCUAGGCUCUAUUUUCACCAGAGAGAUUCAUAUCCAGCCACUAAUAACAUGAUCCACACAAAUGAUUCAAGAGAAUGGUGCAAGACCUCUGGCUACUAUGCAGAUCCUCAGUCGUGGCAAGAGAGCUACGAGUAUAGACCUGGUUUGACUCUCACCGAGCUAACCAAUUCUAUGGAGUUCCCUCCAGCUGGUUUGCCUGAUAUUUUUGCUUUACUAGGAAAAGCUGCUCGUGUAGUUCUUGAUGCAAUUGGUUUCUAUUUGAAUUUGAGAAGCUGUCCAUUCACUGAGAUUCUUGAUAAUGUCCCUUUGAGGAAUAAUGAGAUAUCGUCCUCUGUGUUAUCUGUUUGCUGUUAUGCGAGGCCGUCGUUUCAUGGAGCACAGCACCAUAACUUAACAGAAGAGGAGCAGCUUAUCAUGUAUUCAGACCAUGAUCACCAACUUGACAAGAGUCUGAUCUCGUUUGUGAAAUCAGAGAAGGCGGGGUUGCACAUCAGGGACAUGCACGGGCAAUGGAUUUUAGUGGAUGCGGAUCUUGGUCCUCAAGAGGCUGUUGUGUACCCGGGGCUAGCUCUUUACCAGGCUACAGCAGGGUAUGUGAGUCCUGCAGUUCACAGAACCGAUUUAAACAGUAUGCAAGGAAGUAUAGAAGGGAGGUUCUCUUUGGCCUUCAAACUCAUGCCUAAAUCAAUGACCAAUCUGAGUUGCUCGGAGAUGAGGGCAGCAGGUCAUGGUGUUGAGGCUCAGUUUCAGAUCCCGGUUUUGGUCGAUGACUUUAUGCAGAGAUCUCACUCGAAUGAUGAACUCUUUAACAGACAAACUUUACAAACCUUCAGCGUUCCUCAAUCCCAGGAUGAUGGAUCUAUGAAACAGCUAAAGAAGAGGAGGAAGAGCGAUUCCAGAUUAAAACCGUUACCACCAUCGAAGAGGCUGAGGUUAGAAGCGCAGAGAGUUCUCAAGGAACGAGUUCAGGAGAUUGCAGAUAAAAAGGGAAUCAAACUCAGAUUCUGCAACCUGAAGGAGUGCGAGAAUAACCACAAUGUAAUCAACAGCCCUUGCGCGAAUAUAAGAAGAGAGAUUGGGUGGCCUCAUGGAGUUCCAUUUGUUCAUCCUCACGACCUUCCAAACAAAGCUAAAAUCGGGUUCCUUGAGACAUAUGAGCCAGGAUGGUCUGAAACACAUGACAUGGAGCUUAGUCUCUCUGAAACUGCUCAAGGAAACAUACACGUGACUAACUGUAACCAUUUUCUUACCCAAUAACUCAAUUCCCUUUCAAUGUAACUUAAAUUUCCGAGGUUAUCGGUUCAUUGGUUUGACUGCAGGAUAUGAGAAGAUUAGAGUUCCAAGUUUUGGUCUCUUGUUUGCCUUUACUGUUCAGGUCAGGUUUCAGGGUCAGUGGUUGCACAUACUGUGUUUGAGCUAUGGAACACCAGAGACGAGAGAAAGCUUUGUGAAUGCCUCUUAUUAUUUGACUCAUUGUACAUUGCGUCUUUGUAUGAUAUAAGUAUAGGGGAUAUUCUCAUUUCUCAUCUAUGCGCAAAGACCAUCUUCUUA